ACAAAUAAUUAUUUUUAUACUUGUGUUUUGUAAUAUUUGAACCUAUAAUUCUUUUUAUAUUUAUUUUCUAUCAAAUAAAUAUUCUUUUCGUGCCAUGCCGUUCUUAUACUCAAUAAAGUAUCGAAAAUAUUAGGCCUGACACGGCCCACUUAUAUACCGUGUUGUGCCCGUGCUUAUGAAGUUUAGGCCAAUUAUUUGUGUCCGUGCCGGGCUGGCCCAUUUAUUUCGUGUCCGUGCUCGUGUCGUGCUCUAACCAUGUCGUGCUAGCCCGUGGGCGGCACGAUCUGGUGCCCACGUACAAUUGUGACUGAUAGAAAAAAUGAUACAUGCUAAAUAAUACAAGUAUAUAAACAAACUAUCUCAACAAAACAAUACCAAAUUUCCUUUUGGUUUUAUAUAGGGCUGCAAAUGUGCGUGGGCACCGGGUCGUGCCACUCACGGGCUAGCACGGCACGGUUAGAACACGGCACGAGCAGGGGCACGAAAUAAAUGGGCCAGCCCGGCACGAGCACGAAUAAUUUAUGGGCCGUGCCGGGUCUAAACUUCAUGGGCACGGGCACGAGCACGGGCACAACACGGUAUAUAAGUGGGCCGUGUCGGCCUAAUAUUUUCGAGACUUUCUUGAGUAUAAGAACGGACAUGGCACAAAAAUAAUAUUUGUUUUAUAGAAAAUAAAUAUAAAAAGAAUUAUAGGUUAAAAUAUUACAAAACAUAAGGAGAAAAAUAAUUAUUUGUUGUUAGAAAUGUCAUAAAGAUAUAUACGUAAUUACUAAUGUUGGGGGUGUUACUGAAAUACUCCGUGCUUAGACUAAGUAGUAGGGCGCACAAUCGGCGAUCGGCGACGCUUGAUACCAGCUACAGGUAUAUAAGGGCUUGAAGCCCUCCAAAGGUCCUCUCACUUUCCACUAUCUCUCUACACUUUAUCUCUCUAUCUAUUCUCUCAACUCAUUCUACACAAUAUACUGACUUGAUCGUCGGAGCUUAAUCCGGGGGCAUCCCCGGUUCUUUCACAGGUUUCUUCCUCUCGACGAGAUCAGACGAACGGAUCAUGAUUCAACCCCACACCAACAAAUAUCAUUGUUCAUACCGGAGCAAGGUGGUACAAACAACUAACAUAAGUAAAAAUGGACAAAGAAUUAAACAAAGCCAAAUCACACUCGCUAUACUUCCAGUUUUCUCUCCCCCCCCCCCCCUAUUUGUUACUUUUCUCAAACAUUAUCGGUUAAUACUAUCUUCCUCCGUCCUAUUUUUGCCUUCUUUUUCAUUAUCUCUUUUGUUUUGUCUUUUUCAUUAAACACGGAUACGAGCAUGACAAAAGCACGAAUAGGCACGACACAAUUCGAACCGUGCCCGGGCCUGGACCGGGCCUAGCAAAGUUAACAAAUGGGCUUGCAUGGCACGACACGAAAACUGACGGGCCGUGCCAAGCACGACACGAAAUAAAUGGGCCCGAAGCGUGCCCGUGCCGUGCCGGCCCAAGCACGGCCCAGUGCCCAUGUACAGCUGCAAAUGAGCCGAGCUGAGCCGAGUUUUACCCCAGCUUGAGCUUGACUCGUUAGCAAAUGAGCUGAGCUCGAGCUCGAGCCAUUUAUUAACGAGCCGAGUCGAGUCGAGUUCGAGCUAAGCUUGUUUACUAAAUUCUUAGAUCGUAUUUGAUACAUUCAUUUUGUAUGUCGUGUAUGGUACAUGUGAGUGAUGUAACGAUAAAUAAAUAAUCAAAUGUUCAACAUUAAUUAAUCUUAUAUUAUAAUUUGUAGGUGUCAUAUUGUUUAGUUAAUAAAUUUUAACUAGUUCAAAUUAUGUUAUUUCAUAGUAUCGAAACAAUUUUGUACAUAAUUUCUUUAUAGAAUUAAAAAUAAGGCAUAUUUUUUUACAUGUUCAACAUGUUAAACUUCACAUGAUGUGAGAUAUAUAAUUUAACAAUCCUAUGAAUUAUGAAAGUCCAAAUUAGAUCGAUUCGUCCAUAAUUCGGUGAUCAAGUUGGCCAUCAAACCACAAUGUUGAGACAUUUCAUGAGCUCUAAAUGAGCCGACUCACGAGUUGAGCUCAACAAGCCAUCGAGUUGAGCUAGUAAACGAGUCGAGUUUCGAACGAGUUUUUCCUGAUUCGAGCCUCGAGUUGCUCGCGAGUAACUCGAAUAAUUUGCAGGCCUAGUUUUAUGGUGUAAUCUGCUCGUUUCAAAGAAGUAUCAAUUAUGCACACGUCGAAGCUUUACCCAAUGGGAACAAGACACGAUCGUACUACAAACACUGUGGACUGGGGAAAACCAUCUGAAAGUUCCCAAGCAUUUCAGUGUAUGAACCAAUCAAAGAAUCACCUCCAAAUUUUUUUUACCAAACUGUAAGAUUUUCAUGAUGAGACAACGCUCGUGCGCACGAUGACGUCUGGUGGUUGAUAUUGACCACCGAAUGGGCCCGGCCCGGCCCGUUGGAAAGCAGUCAUUGAGAGGAGCCAGGAUUCGAGGAUCUUUUCCACCAAUAAGAAUUUGCCACGCAAGAUUUUAGCGUGUCCAGCUAAGGUUGCGGUUUGAUUUUAGAAGUUACAAGUAAAACUCCUUCCCUAUACAUCUACCAAUGACCAAUCCGGCUAACUACAGUGCUCACAACCCAUUGUUGAGAACGUUCUCAUAAACAUUUGGCGUCGUUAGAUCGCGACGUUGGCCGCAUCACAACGGACAAACCCACGGCUUGAUCACUUAUUCGGAUCACAACUUGUAGUAUAACUCGUCAAACAUGGUGACAAAUAAUAUGACGAGGAAGAGUAGGAAUGAAAGGGAAUUAAGAGAUGAAAGACCGACAUUAUAUAUAUGUUUGCAUUCCAACUUUAUCGUUCACUCAAUCUCAUAGUUAAGGAUCAGCCGAUUAAAUCAAAAUCGACUCGAUUAAUCCGCUAUAUAUUUAACACACUGCGCAUAUAUUACAUGUCUCAAAACUUCACACUCUUCGAGUCUCAACAAAUCAAGACUGACACAGUGACGAAAGCCAAUCAAAUCCAAUCCUCCAUAUCUUUAACCAAAACCUGCGCUUCCCCCACCUUCAGAGACCAAUUAUUACACCACUUCUCCGGUCACAAUUCUCAACGCCACCAAGCUUUCAAUACAAACAAAUAGCAGACCACCUUUGCCGCAACAAUGGCGCCUAUAACUAACUCCAUUCGUCCAUAAAAGAAUCAGCAGCAUUUCCCUCAUCUUAUCUCUCCUUGGCUCCCUAGAAACCCAGACCACGAAGGAGGAAAUCAUGGACAAUUCUCCCCUGAAGACAGCACUCUCCUUCUGUUCAUCGCCUCGCGAUCACCAUUGCUAUCCCGAUCAACCUAUCCCUGCAGACGAAAUCUCAGCCUUCCUCCACCAAUUCCUCCUCCUCCACCCCCAAUCCUCAUUCUAUCCGCCUCCGUUCACUCCCCAAGCUCAGUCGUUUGUGACCCCGGUCAACGCCGGGAGCUCUGUUCUCGACCCGGCCCGUGACGGACAAUUCCCCAGUAACCUGAUCCAUUUUGGAGGGAACAUUGCUGGCCUCUGCAACGGCGCCGGGAACGAACCUCCCGACGGACGUGAAGCCGAAAGAGAGGAAGCUCCGGCGGAUGAGUUAUUGCCACCGCCGAAGACGCCUUCUAAAAGAACCCGUGCCGCCGAAGUCCACAACUUAUCCGAAAAGAGGAGGAGAAGCAGAAUUAACGAGAAAAUGAAAGCCCUGCAAAAACUCAUCCCCAACUCCAACAAGACGGACAAGGCUUCAAUGCUUGAUGAAGCAAUUGAGUACCUGAAGCAGCUCCAGCUCCAAGUCCAGGUGUUGUCAAUGAGAACUGGAGCGGCGGGGUUGCAUCAAAUGAGCCACAACAACAUUGCCGAAUCCUUCCUGCAGCAGCAAGCUCGUCAACCGUUGCCUGCUUCUCGACUCGUGAAGGUCAAGGCAGAAGAAGCUGUUUCUCCGAUGGAUGAACAGAAAUCCCCUGCUGCUGCAAAUGGAGCAGUGAUUAAGCUGGGGAAACAGAGCUCUGCUGCAUCGAAUGUAACCCAUUCGAUGAUCCGUUCUUCCUACUACUGAGCUUGGUCUAGUGACUGCUCAGUUUGCUAGUGGAGAUCGAUGCAGAAGCCUUUUUAAAGCGCAACAUUUUGCUUCUGCGUUGCCACUGAUGUUCUGUUUCAAAGCUUUAGUAGGGUUCUAAUGUUGCUGCCUGUACGUUGUUCUGCUUUUGUACAUGGGUUUUCCCGUCUUUACAUAUAGAAGGCGAGGAAGAACUAAUUUAAUUAGAUUUCAUUCAGUUCUCUGCUGCUCAAUCUGAUCCUUCGUUCAUGCACGACACAGUAUCAGGAGGAUUUGCCUUUCAUUCUUGUUUUCAGAAAGACUUUGUUCGCUUUGAAUCUAGAACUACACGGGUUUUAAUUGGGAGUUGCUAAAUGUCGCCCUUAAAAUUGCUAACGGUCGCCCUAAAAAAUACCAAAGUUACACUUUUACCCCCUUAGCUUCUUUACCUUCCCUUUAGCAAACAAACACCACUUAGACUAAAAAAACACUAUCCAAGGAGAGAAAAAUCCAUCAUCGUCAUUUUGAAGCCGAUAUCGUCGGUAGGACGUUUGAAUCAUGAGUAGCGACUCCGACGAGGUAAAAACAUUUACUGGAAAAAUAAAAAUAAAAACACAGAAAAUGGGAACCGCGACUCAGAUGUGGUUGGACCAUGAUUCAACCGCAGGUCACUUGCGGUUCGACCAUGGUCCAACCGCAACUGAACUGCGGUUGAGCGUUUUAUGGUUUUUUUUUUCAAAUCAGUAUUUUUCUAUGAUUUAUGGUUUGUUCCAUGAGAUAAUUUGUUGGGUUUUGAUUUAUAUAAUUUUCUAGAUUUAUUUGCAUAAUUAUUUUUGGAAUUGAAGGAUUUAGCAUUAGAAAUUAAGAUUAUAUUUGGCCUUAAAUUAAGAUUAGAUUUAAUUUGGUCUUAAUAGUAUGGAUGACAAAAAUAUCCGUAACCGUGGAUAUCCGCCCGAAUCCGACCUAAUCGAGUAGGGUAAAACCCGAACCCGAAGAACAUUUAGUGGGCACGGGUAAAACCCGAACUCGAAUAUUGCGGGUAAUGGGUGGACAUGGUUUUCUCACUAUCCAACCCGAAACCGCCCGAUUAUACGUAUGCAUAUGUAUUUUGUCUAAAAAUAAUCAAUAUUUUUCUCUAACAUAUUUUAUAUUGAGCAUAUAAAUAUAAUAUUUUUAUGAAAUUGUGUUAUUUUAAUUAGUUUUCUUCAUUCUAGUGAAUUAUUGUUGUACUUUUCUUCAUACGUAACGUGAGAAUACUUGUGAAUAUAAACAUAUUGGUUGGGGGGAAUCGAUACCAGCAGAAUAACUAACCAAAGUACGUUCAGUUGAAUCGCCUGGGCCGGACCAACAGCGGAAGCCUAGCACUAAGUGCAAUCUCCAGCUUCUUUCUUUGUUACUGCUGCCAUACCACAAGGUAAUCCAAUAAAGAGAAACUAUUACCCAUGGAUAACCGUGGAUACCCGAAACCCGAACGAAUAUGGGCACGGUUUAGAUUUUUUACCCGUUUCUUAUGUGGGUAUGGGUAUGGGUAAAACGCGAACUUCGUUGGGUAGGGUAACGGAUAUGCACUAUCCGUCCCCGACCCGACCCAUUGCCAUCCCUACUUAAUAGAGAAAAUUAAGAUUAGAUUUUGCAUUACAAAUUAAGAUUAAAUUUAUUGCAUAAAUAAUAGAUUCGCAUAUGAAGUCAUGAUGAUUAUUAAAUUUAAUAUAGUUAUGAAAUUUUA